AUGCGGACCGCGUACGAGAAGCUCGAAAGCGACCCGGGCGCCGAAACGGUCCGAUCCUUGUUGUAUCGCGCCGACGCGGCGGUCGCGUGUUUCAAAGGCGACCGACCCGGGCCGCGGAAGACGCUCCACUCGCUCCUCGCGUCGUUUCGCACGAUCGUGCUGAUGUUCUACGGCGACGCGCUCCUCCGCGGGAGCGACGAGCGCCUCGAGAAGCUCGAGGCCACGCACGCCAUCUCCAAACGAGGCGACGACACGUUCGCGCGCGCCAUGGGCGCCUUCUUCCUCGCGAACGAGCUCCACAUCUUCCGACGUGACUACGGGCGAUGCGUCCCGCUCUACCGGGAGGCGAGCGCGUGCCUCGCCGUCUACAACGCGGGAGGCGCGACGCGGGUGCUCGCGCUGACGAAAGUCAUGGUGGACAUCCAGCUCCAGACGUCGCUCACGCAGUCGGACCAGUGGGCGCCCGCGGCCAAGGUCAUCUCGGGCUGCGUCGCCGCCGUGGAGUCGCUCCUCGGGCUCGACGGCGAGUACGCCGCGAUCCCCGCCGACGCGCCCGAGAGCCUCGUGCUCUUCCUCGCCAACGCGCUGACGAACCUCGAACGGAACCGCGAGCCGGAGGUCGACCGCCCGAGGGCGUGGCGCAAGCUCCUGGCCAUCGCGCGGCACCUCGGCGAGGCGUCCGAGGCCGAGCAGAUCGAGGUCAAGCUCAGGCACGAGGCGAACUGCGCGAGGGAGGUCGACGCGAUGAAGGCGAAGCUGCGCGCGAACGCGGCGGCCGUCAACCAAAACGACGAUUCGCCGUUCGGCGAGUCCUUCCUGUUGGCGGCGCCCGUCGAGGCCGACGACGAGGACGUCGCGUGCGCCGCGUGCAAGGAGGAGGUCCGUGACCGGACCUGGACCUGCGCCAAGUGCGAGCUCGUCGUCUACUGCGACGCGACCUGCAGGAAGACGCACGCGAAGGAGCACCGGCUCAAGUGCAAGGGCCCGGCCCAGUGGCUCGACAUGGACAACCGCGUGCUCUCCGCGGAGGCGCGCGACGCGCGGCGGUGCGUCGUGUGCGACGACGCGGGCGACGUCGUCGUCACCGUCGAGUCGGUCGGCCGCCGGCGGGGCGCCGACGUCUUCUUCUGGGACGCGGACGACCCGCCGCGGGAGCGCGACCGCGAGUUCUUCCCCUGCCGCUGGCGCCUCUGCGCGUCGCCGGCCUGCCUCGGGACCGAGUACGCGGCCUCGGGGCGCCUCGCGACGAAGGCGAGGACCCUGCACGGCCUCGCGCUCCGGCAUCGCUUCUCGACCCGGAAGUUCCGCGACGGCACGGGCGCCGUCGCGCAGAUCCGGGCCUCGGACCACUUCCACGACGCGAUGAUCCGCCGCGACAGGAACGCGGCCGACAACGGCUACACGCUCGUCGCGCGAUCCAAGGACGACCUGGGCCUCCAGGGCGGCCUCAACUCGGUCCCGUCGGACCCCGCCGCGCGCGCCCGCCUCGGCAUCGAGCUCCCCGCGAGGCUCGAGAAGAAGGUCUGCCACUUCUGCGGCACCAUCCUCAUGCAGUCCAAGACGCUCCGGUGCUGCGGCGACGUCCGCUACUGCGGCGCCUACUGCCAGACCCUCAGCUGGCCCGAGCACCGGAUCGACGCGGUCGUCACGUUUUCGUCGACGUCGAACGGCGCGAACGUCGCCGCGUCGUCGCGCGUGAAGAAGAGCAGCGCGCCGGGCGUCGCGGCGACGAAGGCGUUGCCCGUCGGCGCGAAGGCCACGGCGGCGACGGACGUCACGGCCCGCGCGAGCGCCGCGCCCGCGCGGCGGCUCCGCUUCGCGCCGGGAAGCGCGUGGCGCGAGCUCGGGCUCACGCGGACCAUCGAGGAGCUCGUGUCGGCCUACGUCAAGUCGCACGCGCGGCUCUGGCGCGGCGGCGUCUCGCAGCCGCCGUUCCUGCUGGCGCUCGGCGGGCGCUACGCGAAGCUGCCCCUCGAGUGGAACGUCCGCGGCCUCGGCCGCGUCGACAUGUCCUACGUCGAGUACGAGGCGAACGCGCGGGGGUCGGCGGCCCAGGGCGACGCGCUCGCGCGCCACGUCUAUCGGGUCGGCGUCUUCAAGAAGAAGUUCCACCCCUUCGUCGCGCCCCUCGCGGCCGCGGCCAAGGUCCUCCACUUCACGGGCGAGCUCAAGCCCUGGCGCAUCGGCGCGGACGCGGCCCGGGACUGGCGGUCCCGCGGCGUCGCCAUGACGCCGAGCGGCCACGUCUCCGGCGACUGCCGCCUCGACCCCAACGCCGCGCGCAUGAAGCGCGAGCUCUUCGUCUGCCCCCACGCGCGCGGCUGCGGCGACGCCUACUUCGCCAACUACACGUCGACGACGGAGAUCUUCUCCUCGGGCUGCUUCGCGCGCUUCUCCCUCUGCUCGUCGCAUACGGCGCCCGGCGGCGCGGAGGCCUGCGCGGCCGUCUGGCUCUCCUACGUCGCGCCCGAGGCGCGGACCGCGCGGCGCCUCGCCAUUGUAACCGCGCUGCUGGUCGGCUCGGCCUCCGGCGCGUCGCUGACGUCGCUGUCCGCGCGCGACGCGGACAAAAUGAAGAGCGUGCUCUACGGCGGCGCCUGCUGGGUCGUCGCCUGCACGGACGCCGACGACAAGGGCACGGGCCAGUCCCUGCUGGAGCGGGCCAUGGACGACGCCGACGCGGCCAAGGCCUGCAGCGGCGCGACGCUCAAGUGCGACGCGAAGCUGCCGAGCGGCAAGUCGACGCGCGCGCGCCUCGGCAUCGCGAAGCCGCCCGAGGGGUACCCGCUGCUCUUCGUCGCCGCCAACGGCGAGGCGCGCGCCGUCGCCGUCGAGGAGUACGCCGUCGUCGACGGCCAGACGGCGACGCCCGACCACCGGCGGCUGGCGAAGCACGUCGCGGACGCGGGCGCGCCGCCGCGGCCGACGACGCUCGCCGCGGCCGCGGAUUUCAAAGCCAAGUGCGCCGAGAAGCGCCACUGCCUCGCCGUCUUCGUCAACGGGUCCCGCAGCGACGCCGCGGCCCUGCGGGGCUUCAAGCAGGCCGCGGCGAAGCUCGCGCGGACCCGGCGCACGCUCCGCGUCGUCGUCGCGGACGCGAAAACGCUCGGGUCGUUCUCGCUCGCCAAGGCGCUCCCCGGCGGCGCGGCGACGGCGCUCUACCUGCGGCGCCUCAACGCCAACGAGAAGGCGGCCCUGGCCGCCGCCGCGGCCAAGCUGCCCGCGGCCAAGCGGGACGACGCGGCCUUCGACGCGUCCGCGUGCGGCGCCGGCGACGUCCUCGCGAAGAGCGCCGACGACGCGGACCGCAACUUCGAGGCGAAGCGCCUGGCGCCGCGCGACUGGGCCGGCGCCGGCGACGCGGCGGAGACGCUCGUCUUCCGGAGCUCCGGCGUCUACCUCUCCUACGGCGCCGCGGCGCUCGCGCUCGCGGAGCACGCGCUCUUCGGCGCCGCGCCGACGGCGCGAUCCCUGAGGGCGCUCGCGGCGAAGCGCCCCCUCGCCGCGUCGUCCAAGCCGCCGCUCCUCGGCGCCAAGGCCUUCCGCGGCGGCGACUUCGGCGCCGAGGCCGUCGGCGCGUGGGUCGACGGCAUGACCGCGGCCGCGGCCGACGACCUCGCGUUCCUCCGGCUCGGCCUCACGGGCCUGCCCAAGGCGCCCAAGUUCUCCAAGGCGGGCGCGCCGAGCCCGCGGCCGACGCGGCGCCCGAGCCCCCGGCCGACGCCGCGGCCCGCGAGGACGCCGACGAAGCCGCCGACGAAGGCCGCCAAGGCCCAGGCCGCCAGGGACAAAGCCGAGGCCCGCGCCGAGCGCGAGCGCGAGGCCCGCGCGAAGAUGGAGGCCGACGCCGAGGAGCACAUCCCCCAGACCGUCGACAUCUCCGACGACGGCGACGCGUCCUGGCACGUCGACGACGGCGACGGCGACGACGAGGACGACGACGACGAGGACGACGACGAGGACGAGGACUACGAGAUGAUCUAA